AUUGAAGAAGUGGAGGUUGCGCCACCUAAGGCCGGUGAAGUCCGUUUGAAGAUUCUCUACACCUCACUUUGCCACACCGAUGUUUACUUCUGGGAAGCCAAGGGCCAGACUCCAUUAUUUCCUCGGAUAUUUGGUCAUGAAGCUGGAGGGAUUGUGGAGAGUGUAGGAGAGGGAGUGACUCAUCUGAAACCAGGUGACCAUGCCCUCCCUGUGUUCACCGCAGAGUGUGGCGAAUGCCCUCACUGCAAGUCGGAGGAGAGCAACAUGUGUGACCUUCUCAGGAUCAACACUGACAGGGGUGUCAUGAUCCAUGAUCAAGAAUCAAGAUUCUCCAUUAAGGGAAAACCAAUUUACCACUUUGUUGGGACCUCCACAUUCAGUGAAUACACUGUGGUUCAUGCUGGAUGUGUUGCAAAGAUAAACCCUGAAGCACCACUUGACAAAGUUUGUGUUCUCAGCUGUGGAAUCUGCACAGGUUUGCAACAUCAUCCUAGAUUAGUAUAUUUCCUCACAUUUUGUUUGUUGGUGAUUCUCUUCUCUGACAAUUCAGUUUCAUUUUCAUGUUUUGUAGGUCUUGGUGCCACUAUCAAUGUUGCAAAACCAAAACCUGGUUCUUCUGUUUCUGUUUUUGGACUCGGAGCUGUUGGUCUUGCUUCUGCUGAAGGGGCAAGGAUUUCUGGUGCAUCAAGAAUCAUUGGGGUUGAUUUAGUUUCCAGCCGAUUCGAAUUAGCCAAGAAGUUUGGGGUUAAUGAAUUUGUGAACCCAAAAGAUCAUAACAAACCUGUACAAGAGGUAAUUGCUGAAAUGACCAAUGGAGGUGUGGAUCGUUCUGUUGAAUGUACUGGCAGCAUCCAAGCUAUGAUCUCAGCAUUUGAACGUGUCCAUGAUGGUUGGGGUGUUGCUGUUCUUGUUGGUGUGCCAAGCAAAGAUGAUGCUUUCAAAAGUCAUCCUACGAACUUCUUGAAUGAGAGGACUCUCAAGGGUACCUUCUAUGGUAACUACAAACCCCAAACCGAUCUUCCUAAUGUUGUGGAGAAGUACAUGAGAGGGGAGUUGGAACUUGAGAAAUUCAUCACUCACACUGUUCCGUUCUCAGAGAUUAACAAGGCUUUUGAUUUGAUGCUGAAAGGAGAGUCCAUCAGGUGCAUCAUUCGGAUGGAUGAAUAAGCUUAACAGUGAGGAAAUUGUCCCUGAUAGGGGACGGUUCUCUUUCAGAGAAAAAGAAAAAGAUAAAAACAAAAAUAAACGUCUUUUGUAAUCCCUUUUAAAAGUUAUCGAGUUUGUGGAGUUUGAUUUUGAAUGUAGAGAAUGAAUGAUAGGCCUUUUCCUACUGCCAUUGUGUAGUUUCUGUUUCUGAUAAAUAAAAAUAUUGUUGUCAAA